CACCACACCACACCACACCACACACACACACAAAACUUGUGACGUCACUGCUUCAGGUUUUUGCAGUUUGACAGCCUUCGUCACUGACUGGUGGUUGUAGCUUGUGUGGUUCACUGUUGUUGUGACAGUAUACACCACUAGCAGUUGUUAUUUUUUUUCACAUAAAGGUCCAGUGUGUAACAUUUCAUGGGCAACCAACGCGUUGCCGCCGCCACCACUACAGUGAAAUGAAAACAGCUCAGUAGAUCUGCAUCUUGUAUAACGCGAAAAACCUAUUGUUUUAACAACAUACGAUGACCUACGUACAAGUGGAACAACAACUCUUAUGACCGUGAUGAUAUUGGUUUUUGACCCAAAAUGGCCGGCGUUUUCAACACGUUCCUCUUGACCGGGAUGCUGCUGUGUGGAGUGCUGCUGCAAACAUUGUCCCAAAAUAGAGCCAGGGUCGACAAGAGGCCCAAUUUCAUCAUCAUACUGGCAGAUGACAUCGGCUGGGGCGACCUGGACACUAAUCAGGUGGAUAGGAAGGCGAACAACACACCUUACCUCAACCUGAUGGCCGAACAAGGACUGAGAUUGACAGACUUCCAUUCUCCAGCUUCUACUUGCUCCCCAUCCCGUGCUGCCAUCCUGACGGGCCGCUACGGCCUCAGAAACGGAGUGACGCAUAAUUUCGCAGUGCGCUCUGUGGCAGGUUUGCCUCUUUCUGAGGUCACAAUGCCCAGACUUCUACAACAAUCAGGAUAUUACACAGCCAUGAUCGGGAAAUGGCAUCUGGGCCACAACGGACCGUACAGUCCCACCAACAGAGGUUUUGACGACUACCUGGGCAUCCCAUACAGUAAUGACAUGGGCUGCACUGAUAAACCAGGAUAUAACUUUCCCCAGUGUCUCCCGUGUGACUCAUCUGUGCCUCAAGUGAUCAGGUUCAAGAGGAGAAUACAUGAGGGCUGUUAUUCCAGUGUGGGCCUUCCACUCUUUGAAAACAGCAGUAUUGUGGAGCAGCCACUUGACCUGUGGACACUGACAGAAAGAUACACAUCUGCGGCCACCAGGAUCAUACACAAUGCAAGGGAGCGAGGACAGCCUUAUCUGCUGUACAUGGCGUUGGCUCACAUGCACGUCCCUCUGGCCCCUCCUGUCCCUCCUGAUGCUCGGCGCACGGGUGACGGCAGCGUGUAUGGAGCAAGUCUGCGAGAAAUGGACAGCCUGGUGGGGGCAGUAAAGAGCGCGUCUGAUGACGUGGACCAAAACAAUACUCUUAUCUGGUUCACUGGCGACAAUGGGCCUUGGGAGAAGAAGUGCCAGUAUGCAGGAAGUGUAGGACCUUUCGUGGGAAAGUGGCAGACCAGCAGAGGUGGAGGCUCUGCCAAGCGAACCACCUGGGAGGGAGGUCACAGGGUGCCGACAGUGGCCUACUGGCCUGGAAAGAUUCCUGCCAACACCACCAACUCUGCCCUGCUCAGUGGCAUGGACAUUUUUCCAACUCUUCUGUCUCUGGCAGGAGUUUCACCUCCCACAGACAGACACUACGACGGCAUUGACGCCACAAACGUCCUCCUGCGUGGCAAACAGACCGGUCAUGAGUUUCUCUUCCACCCGAACAGCGGCGCUGCAGGGACAUUUGGUGACCUGCAGACGGUUCGAACAGGGAAGCACAAAGCAUUCUACAUCACAGGUGCAGCUGAGUCAUGUGGCGGUGCAACAGGCACGCAGCAGCUCCAUGACCCGCCAUUAAUAUUCGACCUGGAGCAUGACGAGGCAGAGGAAACGCCGCUGGACACGGGGACACCCGAAUACCGCGCGUUAGCCGACAGGAUUGGACGCAGGCGGGAGGAGCUGCUGUGGGACAUUGCCACGGACACAUCCGUGUCCAUAGGGGACUACAGUGCAGACGAGUCUGCGGUGCCCUGCUGUGACCCAACACAGGCCGCGUGCCGCUGCCACCCACCGGGCCGAGCAUGGGAACUGCCCGGCUCACACAAGGACUAAAGAGAAGCACAGAGAUGUAAGCAAACACAGCGGGGGAGACGCGUAUCUGUGUUUGUUUGCAGGUUCAACGUCCAGAUGUAGCAGCAGGAAGAGGAGACGUGCAAACAGACGGAGGAGGAGAAGGCCAAACGCUGGCCUUUCGCUGGCCACGUGGUAGAGGAGAGGUCAAGGUGAGGUUGUUCUCUGUAAGGUCAAUAGUUUCAGGAAGAUAAGAUCGAUCAAAACAGAAAAACAGUUGACGUGUGUAGCAAGUUAUGGAUCUGUUUAUGGAAAAAUGGAAAAUUAUAUUUUCAAAUGUUUUAGUUUUGUCCACAAACCAUGAUUCCUUUGUUAUAUAAAGCAACCAGAAAGUAUUCACAUUUACAAAGCUGAAAAAUCAAAGAACUUGACCCUCAAACCAAAUAAUCAUUGUGUUUCAAUGUAUAUUAAAUCAUAAAAAAGCCA